AUGUCAUGCUCCCAUGAAAUAGCAGCUGCAUUGGAAGUCGAUAAACCAGACCAGAAUCAAUCUACAGUUGUAGAUCUACAAAACCUUCCUGUACUACCAGGUCAACAACCUGGAUCCACCAAUUCAACAACACUGACAAAUACAACUCUUACCACAGGAAAACCAAAAUCUCCUCCCAUCUCCAACAAAACAGAAUCAUUCUACUCCUUACCACCAAUAUCCUCCACCCUUGGCGAAAAACGUCCAUGGCGUCAAGAUCCCCACUAUUUCUCCAAAUGUUACAUAUCAUCCCUUGCCCUUAUGAAAAUGACCAUUCAUGCUCAAUUGGGAGGUAGUAUUGAAGUUAUGGGUAUGUUAGUGGGGAAAAUCAUUCCGGGGUCAAUUAUAGUCAUGGAUGUCUAUCGUCUACCUGUCGAAGGAACCGAAACUAGAGUCAAUGCCCAAGCUGAAGGAUAUGAAUAUAUGGUUCAAUAUUUAGAAAUGAAUAAGAAAUUGGAUACUUCAAGAAUGGAGAAUAUUGUGGGUUGGUAUCAUUCUCAUCCUGGGUAUGGAUGUUGGUUGAGUGGGAUUGACGUGAGUACUCAGGCUUUAAAUCAGGGGUUUCAGGAUCCAUAUGUUGCCAUUGUGGUUGAUCCGAUUAAGACUUUGAGACAAGGAAAAGUUGAAAUUGGGGUUUUUAGAACAUAUCCUGAUGGAUAUGUCCCACCUCAGGAAAAACAAACUGAAGGAAAUUCAAAGAAUUCAACUAGUGGUAGUAAUAAAGUUUCGAAGAUUUUACCAAAAUCGAAACGAAAGGAUUUUGGAAGUCAUUCAGAAAGAUAUUAUGCAUUGGAUGUUGAGAUAUUUGGAAGUCAACUUGAUCAAAAGAUUAUUGAAAUGCUUAGUUUUGAAGAUUCUUUAUCAUGGUUGAAAAAUAUGUUAUAUAAUACUGAAGAUAAUUUUAAAGUCAUGAGGGAUAAAGAUGUUAAAUCAAUGCAAUUUACGAAAAAUUAUGAUUUAAUUUCAGAUGAUCAAUCUAAUGAUAGUAAUAAUUAUAUCUUUAAAUUAGUUGAUCAACUUAGACAACAUCGAGCACCUGCAGAUUCUUAUGAACGAGUUAUUGGUAGAAAAUUUGAUAAUGAUUUCGAAGAUAAAAUUUAUGAAAAAUUAUUAAUGGAUCCCAAGGGAGGGAGAAAAGGAAAAGCUAGAUCACAUAUAAGAAAACCAAAGCGCACGGGUGGGUCCAAUGAAGUUGAGUCUGAAGUACCAGAUGAAGAACAAGUCGAUUCCCGUGACAGCAACGAGAAUUACGAGGAUGAAGAAGAUGAUGAUGAAGAUGACGUUAUGGAUGAAAGCGAUUUAGAAAAUGAAAGUGGAGGUUCUGAUGGAGAUGGUGAUACUGCAUCGAUAGAAAGUGGACCCGGGAAUCAAAGAUUUAGAGUUUCAACUCCAAGAAAACACCAACUGCAAAGAAGCAAUGAGUCCAAAUCUGAUGAAGAGGAGAUCGAUAAAUUAGAAACAAAUAAAGAAUCAGAAGAAGAAUAUGAUGAAUUGGGUUCACAAUUGCAAAACCUAGGUGGGACAUCAGAAGAACCAGAACAGCCACAACAACAGCAACAGCAACAGCAGGAAGAAGAACAGCAAGAGGAUAUUUCAAUGGAGGGAAUAUACAUGCCAGAUAGAAGACUGAAAAUUGAUCAAAGAAUGCGUGAAAAUGCAUUAUUAAAAAAGAGAGGAUUUGGAAUUGACAGAAUAGAUUCUAGAAAAUCCGGAAAUCCAAGAUUUGGAUCCCCUAGAGGCGGUGGCGGUGGUGGAAAAUCAUAUCCGUCUUCGUCUAAGAAUAGUAGAUUUUUGGCUGAAGAUUUCCAAAGAUCAACCAAUUCAAUUCGUUCAAUGGGAUUUUCGGAGUUUGGUGGAUAUAGAAGAACUGCAUUUGUGGGUUCUGCUGCUACUCCGACUACUGGAAGAGAUGAUGCUAGAAAGAGGAUUUUGGAAAUAGCUGAAUUGGCUAAAAGUAUUGGUCAAAGAGAAGUUUAUGAUUUAAUUACUUUAGAAACACAAGAAAAAUUGUUCAAAUAG